UUUCUUGCCUAUGGACUAAAUAUUAUUACCUUUUACAUCAAGAAUUCUGUGAAGAGAGGUCUCGACAAUUACAACGAGAAGUACAUUCAGACCAGCUCCGUUGAUCCUCUCCUUCAUGUCUGUUUCGGUGGCAUGAUCCUUUCGUACCUUGUCGCUCUUCCCCACGAGCGCCGCCACCUGGAGCAUCAGCAGCAUGCCAAGGAGCAUGGCGGUCACUGAUGUGGAGGAGGAAUCAGUUCGAUGCGUUCAUUACUCCAUGAUUUGAGGUGUGUAUGAGGAUACGUUUCAGUUUUC